UCAAUGAUUUUAAUUCAGAACGUAUCCGUAUUGAUAUGUCAUUAUUAUUGAAUAGUUAUCCACCAAAUUUUAUUACUAAACAACUCCAUCGAUUCUUUCGUUUCAAUAGUGCAAUGCCUGUAUUAACUGAAUUAAAUGAAGAUGUUUACCACCAUUUACAUCAAACUCUAUUACAACAACCAACACGUCGUGAGAAAAAACUUAUUAACAUGAUGCAUGAUUCAAUUGCAAAACCAUUCGUAUUACAACCAAAAAUAUGA